ACCUCUCUUUCUAAUACAAAACCACAUGGCGAAGUAUUGAAGAAAAACCUUGUUUUCUUUCGUGUUGCUCGCUUUACUKACCGUUGAAGGCUGCAAGAAACCUUCCUAGACACAAACUGAAAGGCCAACGAGUACUGGUGUGUGGGUUUUCAGGGUUGUUAGUCGGUAGAAGGUUCCUUGCGGAAGGGUUAGUUUGACUGAACCACGUCGUAGUCACACGUUGCGAGGACUAUUAUGACUGAGGUUGAGAGCAGCUCUAAAACUGAUACUGACUUGACCAAGGAAGAACCAACUGUCAGGAACAUCCAAAAUGAUGUGCUCAAUAGUACUGACAAAGAGAAUCACGGGGAAACAGAAAAGGAUCAGUCAGUGGACGAAAUGACCCUCACCAAGGAGAAACCCGAAAAGGGCACAAACAUUGGCCUCGCACCUCCCCCUACAACGAAUCCAUGGACUCGGCAUUUGAAGCAAACAACAGAAAACGCUGAGCCAGAGCAACCGGUGGCACCAAAGGCCAACAGUAAACGUAAACCUAAGGGUAAUGAAUUUAACGACAUUACAAACUGGCCAACACCGGGAGAACUAGCCACGUCUGGCCCAAAGGAUCCGGCAAAACCUCCUGUUCAAAAGAAAGAAAACGCUGAAAAUGAGCAGAAGUUGCCGGAGGAAUCAAAAACCGAUAAAGGCACGCCAAAAAAGAAAGGUCAAUCUGGUCCCCGUCAAAAAUGGGUUCCAUUAAGCCUCGAUGGCACAGAAUAUGGAUCYGAGGGUCAACCACCCACUGCUACAAAUGGUGGAAAGAAAUCCCCUGAYGGCUCAGUGCCAAACAAGGGUUAUAAAUCACCAAAUAAUAGGUUUGGUUCAACUACAUCCUCCUUAGAAGGACGCUCAAGCAAUCGUGGAGGCAGGGGCGGCAGAGGAGGUGGUAGAGGACGAGGGAGAGGAGGGAGGCAGCGUUCCCCAAGAGAACAUGCUCAGCAGUUCCAGUACAACCAAGGCUACCAAUAUGGCAGUUAUCAAUAUGUUGAYGGGACAACUUACUUUCAAAAUCAACAAAACCAGCAAAAUCAAAUGCAGCAACCUUAUGGUGUCACCUAUUACUACAAUGCUGCACAAAAUUCCCCAGCAGCUGCUUAUCAAUCCAUUGACGAGAAAACCCUCCUUGAGUAUAUCAAGAAGCAAAUUGAAUACUAUUUUAGUGAAGAAAACUUAAGGAAAGACUUCUUCUUGAGAAAACAGAUGGAUGACGAGGGAUUUCUUCCAAUAUUAUUGAUUGCUAGUUUUUACAGAGUGCAAGCYCUCACCAAUGAUCCAAAUCAAAUCAUUGAGGCAAUGAAGGACAGUGAAAUAGUUGAACUAGUGGAUGGUAAAUUAAGAAAGAGGGACAAUCCCAAGAUGUGGCCACUUCCUCCAAACUCACCACURACAGUGAAAAACACGUCUGCAUACAUACUACAGCCUGGAUUUGAAGGAAUGACAGGUGAGUUAUAUGAUCCAAACUUCAUCAUUCCUCAAGGUGGAGUAGAAGUCUCCAUGGAGUAUGCUGAGAAACCUAUAGAAUACACACAACCACCACAAUCUGAAGAACCAGCUGCUCCUGAACCAGCAAAUGAAACUGAAAAAAUGGAAGGAUCACAACCUGACUCAACUCCUAGUGCUCCUAAAGAGAYUAAAGCCCCUGAAACUCCGAGUCCAGUCAAAAAGCCAGCCGAGGAUGAGUGGCAUGAAGUGAAAAGAAAGAAGCCAUCUACUCCUAAACAACUGACAGGGUUUGAGAACACAGACCAAGAAGAGCUGGACUUUCAGUUUGAUGAAGAACUAGAGAAUCAAGGAAUAAAGCCAUCAUCUUCUACUUAUUGGGAUGAUGAUUCAGAUGAUGAUCUAGAUGAUCAAGAUAUCCACAAAAUUAUGAUUGUCACUCAAACCCCUCCUCCUAAAAAACAUGACAGAACUGGUGACUUUGUGCCGAGAUCCAAACUCACUCAGGAAUUGUCAGCUGUCAUCAAUGAUGGGCUAUUUUAUUAUGAACAGGACUUGUGGGACGAUAGUGAUGACUGUUAUCUUAAUCGAAAGCUUGAACUAACAUCAUCAUGGAAGCGUGUCGACAUCAUCAGCCAAGAUCAGUUCUUGUCUCAACGAGAUGCAUUGGAAGCUGCCAGACCACGAUCAAUGACUGAAAUAGACAAAGCCGCCAGAACAACGACAGAGGUGCCACCACCAGUACCACAUGUAUCACUUUCACCAAAUGCCGAAGUCUUCAGACCAAGAUCUAGUACCUUACCAUCAGAGCAGCUUUCACGGUCUCUACCCACCUCAGUGCCGGAGUCUCCAGCACACUUACAGCAUACACGCAGACAAGGCUCACGGACUCCAAAACGAAAGGAUGUUAAGGUGGCUCCACGAUUCUUCCCUGCAUUUAGCAAAGAGAAGCUGAACCAGAAUGGACCACACAAGCGGAAAACAAAAUACGGUGCGAAUCCUCCCGUUGAAUCUCAUGUUGGGUGGAUAAUGGGAUCUAAAGACUUCCCUCAUCCUAGAAGUACUUCAGAGUCGUCAGACACACCAUUAACAACAAUYACAGCAAGUGGUAGCUUUGGUUCUGCACCUCAGUCAAUACCCCACUUUGAGCAUCCAUCACAUAGAUUACUAAAGGAGAAUGGCUUCCAGCAGCAAAUCUAUUCGAAAUUCCAUCAAAAGUGUCUCAAAGAGAGAAAGAAGCUGGGCAUUGGACAGUCUCAAGAAGUCAACACUUUGUUCCGUUUCUGGUCGUUUUUCCUAAGAACCCAUUUUAACAAGAAAAUGUAUGAGGAAUUCAAGCAGUUGGCUUUGGAAGAUGCUGAUGCCGGAUACAGAUACGGCUUGGAGUGCAUGUUUAGAUACUACAGUUAUGGUCUGGAGAAGAAGUUUCGACCUGAAGUGUUCAGGGAUUUCCAGACGGAAACUCUACGGGACCAUGACAAGGGAAAUCUCUACGGUCUUGAGAAGUUCUGGGCUUUCUUGAAAUACUAUAAGGGCAAACAAAAGUUUGACAUACAGCCAGAACUCCAGAAACGUCUGGAUAAGUACAAGAUAAUCGAUGAUUUCCGCAAAGACCCCAUGAAUCAGUUCCCUAUUGAUCCCUACCACCACCAYCAUCACCAUCACAAGUCCAAGAAAGAUCAUAGGGAACGCCAUUCCAGUGAGUCAGAGCACCAUGAAAAUGACAAGACAGAGGAUUCCAAAAAGGAUUCUCCCAGAGAUAAGGCUCAGGGUGAAAAGUCGACGAAAGGUCAUCACGAUAAGCCCCACCAUGAUAAAGGACAUCAUGAAAAGCCUCACCAUGAUAAGGGACAUCAUGAAAAGACCCAUCAUGAUAAGGGCCAUCAYGAUAAGGGCCAUCACGAUAAAGGACAUCACGACAAGCCCCAUCACGACAAGGGACACCAUGACAAGCCCCACCACGAUAAGGGACAUGAUAAAUCCAGUGCAGGYUCAAAAACUGAAGUAUCGAAGACUUUAAAGGACGCAUCGAUAAAACCCAAACCUGAUAGCAAAUCAAAGCAAGAAUCUUCAACCAAUAAAACUAAACCAAAGUCCGAAUCAACUAGUCCAAAAGAAACUACCACUUCACAACAAUCUUCAUCAUCCAAGGAGAAAACUACCAGUGAAGAAACCAAGUAACUUAGUCGUUGAACAAUCGAACUAUUACAACACAAAAAAAA